AUGGGGGAGCCCAGCUUCCAUUGCCACCCGGCCCCCGAGGGCUGCUGCCUGCAGCUCCACGAAACCGUGGUCAUUCUGGUAGCCUUGAUCAUCUUGGUGCAUCUGGCCCUCAAGUUAGCCGCAGUGUUGGGAACUUCAUCCCUGCCAAAUAAAAAAAGAGGGCGGGGAGGGGCCCCUUCAAAACUGCUGUGGAAGUGUUUUGUGCCCCGGAACGUCGGCCGUUUUGAACGCCUGCUUCACUCUCUCCUCCUCCUCCUCCUCCUCCUCCCAGAGCCUGAGAAGGGCAAGAUCAUCGUCCCGGGCAAGGUGAAGGCCGCCCGCGCCCUAAGGUCCCCGUCGACCCAGUGGUCGGAAGAGCCAGACGCCCCCUGCCCACGGCGCCCACAGCAGCAGCAGCAGCCCGGUCGGCGCCGGCGCGAGAGCAGCUCCCCACAGCGUCGCUGCCUCCACUGCACUCUGGAGCCCCUUAAAGUCACCAUGGACUUGCGGAGCAACGAGGAGCGCUUCCCACUUUGCCGGGAGGAUCACCGGCGGCUCGGGCGCCGGCCCUGCCCAGACUGCCCGCCGUGCCACCACCCGCCGCGCUACUACAACUGCGACUGCGAGAGCAAGCCGCCUCAGCAGCCGCGGCCGCGCACCGCCUCGGCCCCGUCGGCCUACACCGUCACCCGCUGCCGCGACGUGGCCUGCGGCUCCUCCGACCCCAUGCUGGCCGCCGACGGCAACGAGCAUCGGGCCAGCGUCGGCGUGGGCACCGCCGACUGCUACCCGCGAGCGCCGCAGACGGGCCCGGAGGCCCAGUUCCGCGCCCUUGUGACGGCCGACCAAGAGAUCGAGUACAACGCGGGCAUCACGCCGCGCUCGCGCAGGCCACCCAAAGUCUACAUCUACCCGGUCCACCCGCAGACGCCGCCGGGGAGCCGCUCGGCCAGCCCCGAGAGGAACUUCCGGCGGCGCGGGACGGUGGCGCCCGUCGCCCUGGAAGAGCCGCAGGACUACGAAGUUCGACAGCCGCCGCCGCGUCGGAAGGCCCGCGACUCGGACCAGCCGGUCAGCCUGCCGGUGCCGGCGCCCCGCUUCCACUCCGCCAGCAGCAGCGCCCCGGGCCAAGGCGUGCAGACGGAGGCCCCAAACGUCAAGCCGCAGGCCAUCGGCGCCUCGGACUGGGUGUACCAUCCCUUGAAAUAACUGCAGGCUCGGGCGAGACGGAAAGCCGUCAGGGGGACGGCCUGACAGCCCCCCGCCCCGGUUUAACGCAUCUUUGGUUUGGGACAUCCAAUAAAAGGCAACUCCAUCCAUCACGUGCUGGUUCUGCAA